AUGGGUAAGAACACCACGAGGUCGGCCCUCACGAAGCAGCCCGCCGCACAGGGGAAGAGGACGAAGAGCCCAAAUCUUCCCACAACGCAGCACACGACUGCGGAUGAGAAGAAGCUCCUGAAGAAGUUCGAGCAGUAUAAGGAGAGACAAAAGUUCAAGACGUUCAAGAAGAUGUUGAAGGAGGAGAGGAGGCAGAAGAAGGCGAAGAAGCAGACGAGAGCCACGAAGCUUGCAG